AUGCAGACUGCUACUACAAACAUUUGUGAAAGACUGUGCAAUAAGUCCAUCCGAGAAAUUUCCUUGCUGCUAAAUAUUUCACAGUCAACCGUUAGCAAUAUUAUAACAAAGUGGAAGCAACUGGGAGCAACAACAACUCAGCCACGAAGUGGUAGGCCACAUAAAAUGACAGAGCGGGGUCAGCGCAUGCUGAUGAGCACAGUGCACAGAAGUCGCCAACUGUCUGCAGAGUCAAUAGCUAAAGACCUCCAAACUUCAUGUGGCCUUCAGAUUAGCACAACAAUGCGUAGAAAGCUUCAUGGAAUGGGUUUCCAUGACCAAGAAGCUGCAUCCAAGCCUUGCAUCAGUAAGGUACUUGCACGACUGCAUUGUGUCAAGUGUAAA